AUGGCAAGUUUUACCAUGCUGAAGUUGGUAAAGUCAAUGUUUUUGGCUUUCAAUUGCAAAAAGAAAAUGAAAGACGAGAUUGAGAGCUUUUCUUCACACACGUUACCUGAAAUAGUUUUUCAAUCAAGAGCUUUUUUCAAGUUUUUUAUAAAGCUAAAAACUCUGAAGAACUCUGGACAUACCCCGAGAUCAACAUCACUUAAAUUUUGGAAAGAAUGGAUGGGUGACACAUAUUAUGAGAGAGAUGAUAUUCAUCCAAUGGAGACAAAUGAAGUAGAUGAAAAUAAUAGCUUCAAUGAAAGUAACUAUUUUUUCGACGACACAUCACCAUUCGAAAUGGAUAUUCAUCCAAUGGACACAAAUGAAACAGAUGAAAAUGAAAGUUUGAACGAAAGUCGUUAUUUCUUCGAUGACACAUCACCCUUCAAAACAAAUAAGGUGUUCAAUUUUCGUCAAGAAUUGAUGGAUUGGGUGCAAAAUAUGGCAAAUACUUUAGGUUAUGUCAUCGUCAUAAAAAAUUCUAAACGUAACUUUAAUGUUGUAUUUCAAUGUGACCGUGGAGAAGGUCAUCCUUAUCCACGACGACUAACUGAAUAUGAAUGUCGAAUAGUGGAAGAUUUGUUGAAAAAAAAUGUCAAACCAAAAGAUAUAUUAUCUGCACUAAAAAACCUAAAUCCGAAAAAUGUAUCUACUCUCAAAACUAUCUACAAUGCAGACGAAAAACUUCGACGUAGGGAGAGAGAAGGUAAAACUCAAAUGCAAGGUGUUAUGGAAUUUCUAGAUCAAAAUGGAUAUGUUUAUUAUAGUCGUGCAAAUGUUUUGACAAAUAAGUUAGAAGAUUUAUGCUUUGCUCAUCCAAGAUCAUUAGAAAUAUGGCGUGCAUUUCCACAUGUCUUGUUAAUGGAUGCAACAUAUAAGACAAACAAGUACGGGAUGCCUCUAUUGGAGAUUGUUGGUGUAACUCCAACAAAUAUGACAUUUUCCAUUGCAUUUGUGUACAUGCAUGAAGAAAAACAGUCCAACUAUGUUUGGGCUUUAGACUGUCUAAAAUCGGUAAUGGAAGGAUGUAUGUUGCCGCGUGUUAUUGUGAUUGAUAGAGAAAUGGCUCUCAUGAACGCAUACACUAUUAUAUUUCCAAAUGCUAAAGGAUUACUUUGCAGAUGGCAUAUAAAUAACAAUAUCAUGAAGAAAUGCAAAUCAUGUUGGGAUGUUCUUUAUACGUCAUGGACGAGGUUGGUUAACUCUGAAACAAAGGAAGCAUACAACAAGAACUUGGCACAAGUUGAAAAAACUACGAACAAUUAUCCAGAUGCAUUUUCUUAUCUAAACAAAACAUGGUUGACACCACACAAAGAAAAGUUUGUGUCUGCAUGGACCGAUAAGUUUCUUAACUUUGGCAAUCACACAACUAAUAGAGCUGAAAGUCAACAUGCCAAGUUAAAAAGAUAUGUCGAAACAUCACAAUCAGAUAUUGCCAAAUCAUUGAAGCGUAUUGCUGAUGUUGUUGAGUCACAAUACACAGAAUAUGAGCGGUCCAAAGAAUUUGGAUUUGUUUAUGAAAAUUGUGGAUGUCAAGUACGUACAAGUUAUGGGCUGCCAUGUGCGCAUGAACAAGCUAUAUUUGUUAAAAAAGGUCAUUGUGUACCGCUUCAUUCAGUAGAUAAGUUUUGGAAGAAACUUGAUUUAUUAGAAUGCAAAUUGUUAGAAGAUGAUAAUUUGGGUUGUGCAGUUGAGGUAAAUAUGUUUAAUGCUCAUUACGAAAAACAAUCAAGACAUGUUAAGUUAAGUUUAGCAAGGAAGUUACUAAACUUAAUCACGCCGUCAACAACUUCAGUUUCUGAACCUGCUACUCACAAAAAUACUCGUGGGCGCCCCUCCUUAAAGAAGAAACUUUUCAAGAAAACCCAUAUCGAUUUAAACCACGACCCACCAACUCAACAUCCACCACCUCAAGAUCAACCGACUCAAGCGCCACCAACUCAAUAUCCGUCUCGACGUAGCAUUUCUACUUAUACGCCUGAUUAUAUGCAGUCUAAUUUGUUUGAUCUAAACCAGGAGUCGGAUAGGCACAGUACGUACUCAUUCCGAGAACCUCCAAUGUUCAACUCAACUUUUAAUCAGGAACAAUCGAUGCAUAGCUCGUACUUCAACCAAGAACAAGUAAUGUAUAAUUCAGAUCCACUUAUGAAUGAAAUUCCGUAUGAAUUUCAUCCAUAUGUCACAAACAUACAAAACGUGAGGGGAGAUGGAAUGAGUUGUUAG